AUGGAGAACGGAGGCGAGGAGUUCGGCGGUUCAAGCUUCUUCGUCGUUGGGCCUUGCAGGGACUCGCUGGACACGGAGACUUACCAGCUCACCCCGGAGGUUCCGAAGGACGGCCGGCAGAUCCUGCGCUUGCUGGAGGGCACGAACUCCGCGUUCGCGCCGACUCAGGUGGCGCAGUCCAACGCCGUGGAGUCGCCCAUUCCAGGCCUGGGUGACGCAGAGGGCACGCCGAUCCCGACGCUGAGACGCCCUGAGGCGCUCGACGACAGCUCCAGGGUCAGCAUGACUGGCCUGAAGGGGUCGACGUACCAGAGGGCCUUCCAGAUCAUCGCCUUCUGGCAGGCGUGCGUUGUCACCUCCCUCAUCGUCACACUUCUCUCGGAGCCCUUCGAGAACAACUUGGAAAUCGCGCUCUACUCGCUCGCGUGGGUGGAGUGGCCGAUCAUGCUGUUCUACGUGGUGCCCAUCUUCCUCAGGAGGUUCACCGUGCGCAACUCCAUCGAGAAGAAGAAGGACAUGAAAACCAUCCGGAGAGUAUCCUUGAAGACCAAGGAAGGGCUGUUGAAGGAUUACGUUCGGCUCUUCCAGAUUUUCACCAUGGCUCAGCGGGCCAAGAAUGCGGGGGAGCCGUGGGCUGUAGCAGGACACGUGGAUUGGUCGUCGGAGAAGGCGAAGGAGAAGUGGGAGAAGGGCGCCAAUAUGUUCAGGGAGAUACCACAGGCCGAUAAGCUCGACAUCUGGAAGAUCUACGCAGCGUGGGACGUCAAUAAUGACGAAACGGUGUGCGCCAACGAGAUCUCCCAGACGCUCGAUACCCUUUGGGUCUCGGCGGACACCGGGCCCAGCGUCGAGACCGCGAACAGCGUGAUCCGUCUUGUUGACUUCGACAACACCGGGACGUUGAGCUGGAGGAAGUUCAAGGCCCUCGUCAUGUUGGCCACCAAAGACAGGCCGCGUGAUCAAGUACUCGCCGACUUAAACUACUUCUUCGAAAUGCUGGACGUAGACGGCGACGGCGAGAUCACGAUCUUUGAGCUGUCGGAGUGGUCCAAGAGGGGCCCCAUAGGCAUGGAGAUUGACGAGUUCGCGACCCUGCUCUACCAGCACUUCGACAAGGCGAAGCCCUCCGUCACGAAGGAGGAAUUCGUGGAGUGGGUCGAGGCCUUCUGA